AUGAAUCACUAAGACAAUGCUAUAAAGGGAGUUUUAAAAUAAUAAUUGAUUGUAGAUUCAGAAAGUGGGCCAUAUAAAACAAUUUAAGAAGCUAUUGAUAAGGCUGAACCUAACACAGUUAUAAAAAUAGCACCAGGCCUUUAUUCUUCAAACAUAUUGAUAAAUAAGCCUGGCCUACGUUUAGAGCCUAAAGAAAAAGUUGGAGAUAUAAUUAUUGUUGUAUCCUCAAAACCUACAAUAUUAGUGGAUUUAAAAAAAGAUGAGCGUUGCACUUUGAUUGGAUUAAAAAUGUCUCAUAGUGGCACAAGUGAAGAAGUUGAAGAAUUAGAGAAACUCAUAGAAGGACAAGAAAUUGCAAAACAUUUAUUUGGUGGUCAUGAGGAUGGUGCAGCUGGAAUGGAAUCAAAUCCAGAUGAAGAAUUUGUAAGUAAAGUACCUAUUGAAACAAGUAUGAAUUGUGUUGUUUUAUUAAAUGGUGGUAAGUUAUUUAUGGAGGAUUGUUUAAUUGCUUUAAAGUAAGUAAUUAAUUUACUAAUUUAGUUUUAUUGUAAAAUCAUUUAAAGGAAUAUUACCAGGAAUUGCAAUAAAUAAUGGAGCAGAAGCCUUGUUUAUAAGAUGUGAAAUAAAAGGAACUUCAUCUAAAAACUAAGAUGCAAAAACUAUUGGUAUUUUACUAAAAUUGGGUGAUCUAAUAAUUAAGGAUAGUAAGGUUCAUAAUCACACAUAUGGAGGGAUUCUGAUUUAGUAAGCUACUACAAAUAAAAGUGUUCGAAUAAUGAAUAGCAAAAUCAUUUAGAAUAAAAAAGUUGGUAUUCAUGUAGUAGGUGCAGAUGCUGUUCCAUAAAUAGAAUAAUGCAGAAUUGAAAACAAUGAAGGUCCAGGUAUUAAAGUAGGUAUUGGUAAUAAAGCAAAAAUUUUUGGUAAUGAAAUUAAAACAAAUAUUAUUGGAAUUGAAGUAUUGUCUGCAGAUCCUUAGAUAUUUAAUAAUAAAAUUGAUAAGAAUUUUACAGAUGGAAUUUUGACUAAGGUUUUUGAAUAAUUAAGAUGUGAUGGUAAGAUUAAAUCAAAUUAGACUAUAUCUGGAAAUAAAGAAAAUGGAGUUCAUUGCACUGGAUAAAAUAAUUUCACAAGGAUUGAAUCUAAUACAUUUAUAGGCUAUAAUAAAAAAGCAGGAAUCAAAGCAGAUACAGAAUCACGCAUUUCUAUAUUUAAAAAUAAAAUCUCAAAAAAUUUAGGUUAAGGAGUUUUAUUAGUUGAAACAUCAUCUGCUGUUAUAGAAAAAAAUGAAAUUACAGAUAAUAUUAAAGCUAAUAUAGCAUUAGGAGGAGCAAAUUCAGUAGACACAUUUAUUGUUGAGAAUAAAAUUCUUGGUGGUAGAUGUGAAGGUAUUUUCUUAAUUGAGUGUGGUAAAUGUUGGAUAUUUAGAAACAAUAUUGCUGAAAAUGUAUUAAUUUAUCAUAUACAAUAGAAUGAUGGUAUUGUUUGUAUAACGGCAGUUCCAGUUAUAAAAUUAAAUAAUAUAUAGAAAAAUAAAAGUAAUGGAAUAAUGAUACUAAAGGAUAGUAGACCUGAAAUUAUGGAAAAUAAUAUAAAUGAUAAUGAUGGUAUUGGAUUGUUUAUUAGAGAUAAAAGUCAUGGAAAAAUAUUAAAUAAUAUGAUUAAAUCAAAUGAAAUUGAGUUAGUUGUUGAAAGGAGAAACCCAUCAUUGGAAUCUAUUGUAUAAGAAAAUAAAGUAAGUGGUGAUAUUAGAAUACCUUAAAAUUAUGAUUGCACAAUAUAAUGA